AUGUCAUCAUCAACGACAAGUGCAACCUCAAAUGUUCGAGGUAGCAUGAAACAGAACAGCAUGCAUCCCAUCCACCAUGCAACGAAUAGCAAACGUUCUUCUUCUUCCUCGUCUUCUUCUUCAAUGAGUCCUCAACACAAUUCCACGACGAUGGUUGUCAACGGCAAGACUCAAACCACACAUUCAUCAUCCAAGAAGCCACUCCCACGAGAUUCUCAACAACCACAAGAGAAUCCCAGUCGUUGUUCCCUUCCGUCUGAAAUCUCCACCAAGGACCUGAAAGAAUCAUCUGGUGGCUCUACUUCAACCGUACCCAACCUUCAUCCGUUGCUUCCAACGUCAUUCUCACUCGUUCCAACCCAACCUUCAUCCAUCUCUGAAAUGACUAUACCUACAACGAUUCGAUCUCCUUCGAUUCCGUUACCACCUCCUCCCUUAGGUGCAAGCACUCCUCGUGUUGAAACUAGUUCGAGUGGUAUUGUUGAAAACUCUCCAAAACUUUCAAAGCAUUUACCUUCUUUCUCACCAUCGUUACAGAAUCAUACUUGUUCAGUGGCAUCUCCUCGACCAAAUACGACCUCGAACGCCUCAACAACAACAUCUUCUCCUCUUUCUUCUUAUAAACCUCCUUUGAAGAAAGAUGAUCUCAUUUGGGUUGAAAUUAAAGACAAGUAUUACUUGGCCAAAGUUUCUGGAAUGAUUAAGAAUGUUCAAGUCAUGUACAAUGAGAGAGGUUUAUCAAGGAAUGACUUUACCAAGAAUGAUCAAGUCGAUCUGACCAAAUGUUUUCAUGUCGAUUUGGUGAGUUUGAAUGGUCUCGAACGAGAGAAUCUUCUUUGGAUUUGUCCAGGAUGCCAUUCAUUGCCUCAAGUCACACAUACUUGGCUUUCCGUCGUGAACAAGUCGUAUGAAGAUCAAAAACGAUCUAGUCAAGUGUUUACUAUGCACAUGGGUGAGAGAAACAUUCUCUUAAAGAAUCCAGACUUUUCCUUUCUCAACAAGACACAGGCUUCUGCCAUUAAACGAAACGGUCAAGACUUGGUCGAUUAUAUUCAAACUCAACUCAGACUCAACACGACUCGUCAUUUGAAUCUAAUCCUGUUGGGAGAAGGUUCCAAAGAAAAGCAAGUGACGUUGCAACAAGUGGUCAUGUCAUUGCUCCAUAAGAAUUUAUUACCUUACCUCAGCGCUAAUGAGAAGAGCUCCAUUUCCAAUCAAUCUUCUCAAAUGUUCCAAAAUCAAUCGGAUUACGUUAAGGAAAUUCGAGUAACGAUUGGUUCUGCUUUGAACUUCCUCUUAAUCUUCUCGAAUAACUUGUAUGAAAAGGCACUCACUCAAACACACAUGAGACAAGUCGUCCUGAGUUGUGAUUCUCAAACGAAUCGAGUUUGUGGAUUGAGAAUUCAUUCGAUCGCGAGAGAGAGAAUGCUUUCGACCAUUUCGAGCCAUGUGUCUGGUUCGUCUCUUUCCAAACGAAAUCUUCCCCUCUAUCAAAUUUUCUUAUUAAUGAUUAGUGGAGGAGAAGAUGAGGAACAUCAUGUGGUGGGAGAUAUGAAUCAUUACAAACUCUUUCAAAAACACAAAGUGAAUUAUAAGGAUUUGAAUUUUAUGAAGAUGGAUCUUGGUAAAUUGAAUUCUUAUUUCUCCAAAUUUGGGAUUAGCACACAAGAAGCAGACUUGGUGUACAGAAUUCUCUCUGCCUGUAUGUGGCUCUAUAAUUUAGAGUUCAAUAGUACUUCCACCACAAAUCUAGAGAGCGGUACAGCAGUAGCCUCAUCAGAGAAUUCACAAACUCUUCAAGUCGUGAGUGAACUUUUAGGAAUUUCUCGACAAGAAUGCGAAUCCAUUUUCACAUGUUCCAAUCAAGUGAAUUUGGUUUUUGAUUACUUGUAUGGUGCUGUUUUGCAUUUCAUUGAGAGUAGAAUCAAUUCCAAAAUUCAUACUCUAAUAACUUCAUGGAGAUUUAACAGUCAUUGCUUCUCGAAUGACACCUCCAACUGUAAGGAAAUUUGUGUCUAUGAUUUACCUGCAGCCACUGAGAAUAAGAAUCUCUCGGAUCAAUUUGUCGAUCUUUUUAACAAGAUUGCCAACGAGACCAACAUGUUGAAUGAAUUGACCCUUAUUGAGAAAUUACUUCAAAAAGAUCAGCUCCCCAAUGUGAAGGAUAUUCUUUCAUCGUUUUCAUCCUCAAUACUCGAGUCAUUGGAUGAAAAUGAAUUGAUUCGAGAUAUGAAUCCGUUAAGUGAAGACAACAUUCACAAAUUGUGUGAAGAAAUUUCCACCUCUCAAUCUCUGAAUCAACUCUUUCAUGAAGAGAAUAAGAAUGAUUACGAUCGAUAUUUAGGUCAGAAUUACAUGACACGAGUCGUGAAUAAUUUCAUGAAUUCACUUCUCUCACCCAAUACUGAAACGAAAAGCUUCUUUAUUCAUUGCAUGACUUUUUCAAUGGAAAAGAAAACUUCCAAUGCGUUGUUGAAUGAUUGCAUUUCCUCUAUCCGUACUACUGGUUUCAACAACCUCCUUAAUCUCUAUUCAGGAUAUGACAAGUAUAACUUCAAGAUGACUUUGGAAGAUUUUUCACAAUUUGAAAAGUACUUUUCAUUACUCACUGGAACAGAAGACAAGACCUCAACAACUGUCAUUAAGGGUAAGGAAUUUGUCUAUUUCCAAGACUCAUGCUUAUUGAGAACCUUGGAAAAUAUGAAAUCCUUUGAGGAGGAAAAGAUCAUGCUCUUAGCAUCACUUCACUUCGUCACGGAUGAAUUCCAUGAUCUCUUUGAGAAUAAGCGUGUGAAAAUGGAAAAUAUUUUCUCAUCCGAAACAAACCAUGAUGAUCAAAGCAAUAAUAAUAUUCUUGAAGAGGAGGAGGAGGACGAUCAUGAUUUUACCUCACCAUCUGUACCUCUUCCUCCCAAGGAUUUACUUUUUGCAGAUCCUCGACAUUUAACAGAAAAUAUUUUAGAACAAGACACCAUCAUGAUGAUGGAUAUGAAAUCCAAUCACCACCCUUCUGAGGGCUGGGCACUUUUUAACAUUCCAGAACAAGAAUUGCCCUACCAUUCUGCUUGUUUGGGAUUGACUGCCUUCUCGAGUCAAUAUUUCUCUCCAAACUCAUGCGAAGAAGGAAAGUUCAAGUCUCAACACAACACGUCCAUGACAUCCAUAGCUACAAGUAGCCAUUCGUCCAAGAAUCAACAUUCUACAUCGGGCGGCUCUUCAUUACAACAAUUACUUCAACAACGAAGACUUUCAUUGAACAGUAGUAUCAGCAGUAGUAUUGGAAUUCGUUCUUCACCCAUGAAAGCGCUUCAGUGUGUCCAUAAAUGUCGCAGUGACGAAGGAGUUACCUCGUUUUCGUUCGAUUCCAUUGCAUCGUUGGACUUUCGAGAUUCUACGAAAAUGGAAAUGGCGUCAAAUUCUCCUUCAUCCACAAUGAAAAAGAAUUCCUCUCGAAGAAUGCAAGAAUGUGUCAUUCUGGACCAUGGCCGUGCUCUGAAACAAUUGAAACCUAAUUUCAACGUCUUUUCUGGAAUUAAGGAAAUUCAAACUUCACACCAUACAAAAUUAAUGUUCGAAUCGUUGAGUGAACAAUUGGAAGAAUAUGACAACUCGUAUGUGUUGGAUGUGAGACCCAAACAACUUGCUUCAUUCAUUACCUUUGUUGCAGAUUAUUGGUAUACUUUCAUGCAAGAUGAGAAGAAUACCUUGUCGUUUAUGAAUAUGAACAACAAGGAACAAGAUCAUCAGCAUGGAGAGAAUUUUGAAAAUGUACAUGAAGUCUUAAUGUGUCUCAUGGAAUGUAUCAAAUUAUUGAAUUUUGUAAUGACCUUCUCAAGACAACGUACCGAAGUGGUGAAAAGUAUUCGAAGUGAAGGACUUUUAAUCAUGUUGUGUGAAAGUGCUAUUCGAUGCCAUGCCAAGUUGGAGCAUUUGAAUCAAACAGAAUCCACUCAAGAGUUGAAGAGCCCUGAAUUCUUACUCUUCCAACAAUUGGUGGUAUUGGCCAUUCUCAAUUGUGUGAAACAUGACAAGAUGACUUGUGGUUUUUUAGUUCAAGAAAAUUUGUUUUGGAGUUUGUUCUCAUGUCUCUAUACUCUCAAUAGUGAAUGGAACGAAGAAAAGAAUCCAUUAUCGCACACAACCACAGAUGCUAUGUUUGGAUCGACAAUUCUGACAGAAGAUGUACGCAAAGUAUCUCAUCAGUUAUGCAAAUUUUACAUGGAAAUACUCUCGAUAUUGAUCUCUGAUCCUCAUAGUUAUCAAUUCUUAAAUGUUCAAGUCAAGGAAACCUUUUCGAAUGGAACAUUGCAAAAUGUCAAAUCAAAAUUAGUGAGAUCUUUUUCAGGAAUAUCUGAACAAAUCACUCCUCUCAUUAAUGCACAAUUCUACAAGGAUACUGCUCAACAGAUUCUUUCAAUAAUACAACGUCAUGAUUUGAAGAAUGAGCAAGUGAGAGUAUUUGUGAAUUUCAUUCAACAGAUCAUUCCUCUCUUUUCAUUCAACUCGAAUCUCGUAUUCGCUUUAAUACAAGAAUGGAUUUCACAAAUGGAGUGUCGAUCGAUUCACUUUGUCUGUCAAUGCUUACGUUCAUUAGGAAAGAUUCAUGAAAAAUUAAGACAAGAACAAGGAACAACGUCCAAAAUUUUGGGUUUUGUGUUUUCCAAUCGUGACGGAGUGAUGGGACAAAUCUUGGACAAGACCAAUUUAUUUGAGAUUUUGACUUUGAGAAUGCUUCAGGUCCAUGAGCAUUCACAGUUGGAAGAAGAAGAAGGUGUAACUAUGGAAGAGUUCACACAACGAAAUCAUGAAUCAAGAAAUACAUCUCAUUCACGACAUGGAGCUCCACUAGAAAGUAUCAUAUAUGCCCUCUUGUAUUUGUGUGUCUUGUAUCCUAAUGUGAGAACAAAAUUUGUAGAGUAUGUAUUUCAGACUUCAUCUAAAGAGAAUCAACAACCUCAUGAGAAAAGUAAUGGAAAUUAUAUGGGAAAUAAGAAUAUAAGGCGAGUAGCGCUUGAACAGAGUGAUCUUUCUAAGGAGAAUAUUGAGCGUUGUCUUUCAAAAUUGGAUUCGGCACCUGAGGAGUUUUCACAAUUUUCACAACAACUCGCUCAGCAACUUUUAAGUCAUGAAUCGAGCAGAAAAGUUCACAAUCAAGCUUCAUCGAUGAAGAGAAAUAAUGUUUCAAAGCAAGUAAGCUUUAACGAUUCUGCAGAAUGGUCGAAACGAAGUUUAUGGAGCGUACAUUCACUUCUCAAUGAUCCACAAAGCCUAACUGCAAGCUAUUGA